GUGAUCAGCUUACCCCACAAAAAUCUCUCAAUCCUUGCCUUUCUUCUCUUUCUUUUUCUCAUGCCCUAUCAAAACCAGGGAUCUCUUUCUUUCACCCCUUUUCUAUUCUCUUUGUUCUUUUCCUUUCAUCAUUGCAAUAGGUCUAUAGCCAAGUUCAGGAUAACAUGGCAAAUUCGGCAUCUGGAAUGGCAGUUGAUGACGAGUGCAAGCUCAAGUUCUUGGAGCUUAAAGCAAAGAGGAACCACAGGUUCAUUGUUUUCAAGAUCGAUGAGAAAAAUCAACAGGUGAUGGUAGAAAAGCUUGGGAGUCCCCAAGCAUCGUAUGAUGAUUUUACUAACUCAUUGCCUCCCAAUGAGUGCCGUUAUGCUGUUUUUGAUUUUGAUUUUACUACUAAUGAGAAUUGCCAGAAAAGCAAGAUUUUCUUCAUUGCAUGGUCUCCUGACACGUCCAAGGUGAGGCAAAAGAUGCUUUAUGCAAGCUCCAAGGAUAGAUUCAAGAGGGAAUUGGAUGGGAUUCAAGUUGAGUUGCAAGCAACUGAUCCUAGUGAGAUGAGCUUGGAUAUUGUGAAAGGCCGAGCUCUCUGAAUUCAAAGAAAUCACUCAUUAUUAUUUCUUCGCCAUUUUUUUCCUUUUCCUUACUUUUAUAAUGAAUGAUGGUCUCAACUUGAGUUUGAAUUAUUAAUGAACGUAAUUGUUAUAUUUAA